AUGUCAGAAAAUACUCCCCUGCUACAUUACCGACUUACCUCUAGCGCCAGUCCGGGCACGAAAGAUGCCUCCAACCACAGUGGGACGAUGUCGGUGGGCAGAGGCGGCCGAGGGUCCAAGGACAAAUCCACCCGGAAGCUCGGAGUGGUGUUUGGCGUGGUCACACCAACGUUACUGUCCAUGUUCAGUGUCGUUGUUUUUUUGCGAAUAGGUUUUGUGGUGGGCCAAGCAGGGCUCUACCAAGCCAUUGGCAUGUUCCUGGUGGCCUACUUAAUCAUCACCAUGACUGUUCUUUCUGUGUGUGCCAUCUCCACCAAUGGGGCUCUAGAUGCUGGAGGUGCCUAUUACAUGAUUAGCAGAGCCCUUGGUCCUGAGUUCGGUGGCAGCAUUGGGAUCAUGUUUUUCUUUGCCAAUGUGUGCGGCAGUGCUCUCUAUAUACUGGGUCUGGUUGAGGCUGUCAUUUCUGCCUUUGGCAUCCCAGAAGGGGGUGUUGCUGGUCCCCAUCAGGUGUUACCUUCAGGAUACUUUUGGUCUCUGCUUUAUGGCACUGCCCUGCUCUUCUUGUGUUUCAUUGUUUGCUUGGUUGGAGCCAACAUCUAUUCUAAAGCCACCUUUAUUAUCCUAAUCAUUGUCGCAGCAGUCCUGACUUCUGUCUUCACCAGUUUUUUUAUUGUGGGGCCCCUUCUGGUUCUGCCAGAUCCGUCCGUUCUAAACAGCACCUGUUGGCAUGCAGUCAAUUAUACUGGCUUCAAGCUCGACACAUUAGAGGACAACCUAUUGCCAAGUUAUACAGUGGACUACACCACUGGUUCCAUGAUGAGCUUUACCACAGUGUUCGCUGUCAUUUUCAAUGGUUGUACUGGAAUCAUGGCAGGCUCUAACAUGUCAGGUGACUUGAAAAACCCCAGCUACUCUAUCCCAAGAGGAACGCUUAUUGCUGUUAUUAUAACUUUCAUCACUUAUAACCUGCUAAGUCUGCUGUGUGCGUGGACCUGUGAGCGCCACCUUCUCCAAAGAGACUAUAGCUUCCUUGGAGACAUCAAUGUAUGGCCACCCCUGGUGACUAUUGGGAUUUACUCCUCUGCCAUGUCGGCUGCCAUGAGUAACCUUAUAGGAGCCUCCAGGAUCCUUUAUGCACUGUCCAAAGACAACCUUUUUGGUGGUGUCCUGGCUCUGGCUAGAAAAACAUCUUUGAAUGGGAACCCCUGGGCCUCUGUGCUUGUGUCCUGGUUACUUGUACAGGUGGUGCUGUUUUCUGGUAAAUUGAACACCAUAGCCAGUAUUGUGACUAUCUUCUUUUUGUUGGUCUAUGCUGCUGUGAACCUUGCCUGUUUGGCUCUUGAAUGGGCUUCUGCACCAAAUUUCAGACCCUCGUUCCGUUGCUUCACGUGGCAUACAUGCACUUUGGGCAUUCUUGGCUGCCUUGUCAUGAUGUUUCUGAUCAAUGCUAUAUAUGCAUUUGCCAGCAUAGCCUUCAUGCUAAUGCUGUUGAUGAUUAUCCACUACAUCGGUCCCAUCAGCAACUGGGGCUACAUAAGCCAGGCGCUAAUCUUCCACCAGGUGCGGAAGUACCUGUUAAGGUUGGAUGUGCGUAAGGACCAUGUAAAGUUCUGGAGGCCCCAGCUGCUGUUGAUGGUAGCAAACCCUCGCAGCUGUACAGGCCUUGUGACUUUCAUUAACGACCUAAAAAAGAGUGGCCUCUUCGUGCUUGGACAUGUAAAACUGGAUGUACUGGAUGGGUUGCCCUUUGAUCCUUUGCAGAGCCGUUAUGACUCCUGGCUCUCUCUAGUGGACCAUCUAAACAUCAAGGCGUUUGUCAACCUUACCAUGUCUGACUCUGUGCGACACGGAAUUCAGAAUCUGCUUUUCAUCACAGGCUUUGGUGGAAUGAGGCCAAACACCCUUGUCUUGGGUUUCUAUGACAACUGCAUCCCCCAAGACCACCUCCAAGGUAAAGUUCUCCGGUCUAGAGGCUAUGGUUUGGAUGCAGUGAAACCAAACAAAGACCCAAGUGCACAAAGGACUCCCUGUUUUCCCAAUGUUCGGAGUGCUGAUGAUCCAAAAGACCUUCAGGAAGAGGAAUAUGUGUCGGUUAUUGCUGAUGCUGUAAAAAUGGGAAAGAAUGUGACUUUAGCACGUUACUUCAGUCAGUUCAACCGUGAAGAGGUCUUGGGGUCAGGAAGAAGGAUUGGUGGUAACCGAAGCAGAAAGACACUAUAUGUUGAUGUGUGGCCUCUGAAUCUACUCCAACCAGCCAGCCAUGGUUAUGUUGAUACCUGCUCGCUGUUCCUGUUGCAGCUGGCCUGUGUGCUUCAGGAAUCACGUGCAUGGAGCCAGGCAAAACUCCGUCUCUACCUGUGUGUUGAAGACGGUUGCAGUCUGAAGAAAAAAGAGGAGACGGAGCUAAGGGCAAUGCUUAAGGAGUUGAGGAUCUCAGCUCAUGUGCAAAUGGUUGCAUGGGAUCAGGUGGUGGCGCUGCACUGGCAGAAACAAGAACAAAAAGAGGUAGGAAAUGUUGUAGAGUCUGCACAGAAUGAGGAGCUGAUGGAGAAGAUAGAGGAAGAUCAGGAGCCCGAUAUCCAAAAAUUUCCAAAUAAUGCUACUCAGCUUACCGAUGAUUACAUCCGUGCUGUCAACAACCUGAUUCGCAGACACGGUGCCCCUCAGCCGGCUGUGCGUUUUCUGUAUUUGCCACGGCCCCCAGCAGACGCAAGCCGUUACCUUGCCUACCUUAACCACCUGGACCUGUUGAGUGGAGAUCUGGGCCCCACAUUGCUAAUUCAUGGGGUCACUCCUGUAAUAACUACUGACCUCUAAAAUUUUACCAUGUUCUGUCAAUCAUCAACAACCUUGAUCUGUUACUGUUAGUCCAUGCAAGAUGGAUAGAUUUGAUGACCCUAAAUUUCCCUCUGUUUGAUGUUGAUAAUAUUAUUCGGGCCACAUAGUGUACACCAGUAAGACAUAUAUUACUCUGAAGGCAUUUGCUAGUUUUUUCAUGCAUUUAUUAAAAUAUUACUGCCAUUCGGUUGCUUUUGGACAUUGUGAAUAUUGACCUUUUAGAUGUUAAUGGAAAAAUAAAUUAAAUGAAUAUUC